AUGUAUUCGAAGGGACCAUGCUCAUUUACAACAAUUUGUAUUAUCUUCAUGACGACCAAAUGGCAACUUCUACAAAUGAAUAUGGAGCUAACUGCACUGUGUUUGCAUUUCGGCAGUGGUACAAAGGAAGUGUACGAAUCAAAUUGGUUCGCGUAUAAACAUUUACUCUUUUUGAAAGAUGUAAAUGUACCAUUGCCAACAAAAGACAGCAUAGUGGAGAAGAAUGCCCAACAGGGGAGCAAUACACAUGACAUUGAAGAAACAAUCGCUGAUGAAGGAUUAGAAGAAAUGGAUACUUCAAAUUCUUUUCGGAAACCAGCGGCAGAUGGAAAAAUCACAAAAAAAAGAAGGCGGAACGUCACAACUAAUGUGAGUGAUGAGAGAGAAGAAGAAGCUUAUAAUUUUAUGAAGGCUGUUAGUGAAAUGAAAACUAUGGAUGAAUAUUCAGCUUUUGGGGAUUACAUAGCGCAUAAAAUUCGAAAACUUAAAAGCGCUACAUUGCGCAGUAUCGCCCAAAACCGCAUCAAUAAUAUCAUUUUUGAAUUGGAAAUAAGUCAUGAAAAUGACCAAGGUUUAAUCUUAAUUUCUUCGCCAUCUACCGCAAGUUCAUCGGAGCAAUAUUCAGCGACUCCUACUCCUGAACCAGAACCUCAUCCAUCAUCACCGAUCGCUACAAUGCAACACGUCAACAACAAUUCUGUAAUAACAGAACUUUUGAACAUAUAA